AUUUUAAUUUUAAUUUUAGUUUUAGUUUUCUUUACCAUAUAUAAGUAUUUAUGCUUUGUGUCAUUCAACAAUUAAUGUCUGUAUAGGGCUGCCCUUGCUCUUUGGUUGCUCUGCUUCUUCUUCUUCUUCCUUUUCAUUCUCUGCUCUGCAGUUCUACUGCUUUCUCUCCUGCUGCAGAGAGAGAGCUUUCACUCAUGAAGAUGCUAGUGGUGCUUCUCCUGCUGCUGGCCUUGAGUAAUGCCGUCAAAGUUGACGGAGAAGAUGAUGAGAAACCGUGUGAUAAUAAACUGACAUUAGAGCCAAGGCCGCACAGUGUGUCCAUCUUAGAAUUUGGCGCUGUCGGAGAUGGCAAGACAUUGAACACUCUUGCCUUUCAGAAUGCCAUCUUCUAUCUCAAGUCUUUCGCCGAUAAGGGCGGUGCUCAGCUCUAUGUGCCGCCGGGGAGGUGGCUUACCGGAAGCUUCAACCUCACCAGCCACCUCACACUGUUUUUGGAAAAGGAUGCUGUCAUUCUUGGAUCUCAGGAUCCGUCCCAUUGGGAAAUUGUUGAGCCUUUACCCUCGUACGGUCGAGGGAUUGAACUCCCCGGGAGGAGAUAUCGUAGCUUGAUAAAUGGAUAUAUGUUACAUGAUGUGGUCAUAACAGGUGAUAAUGGAACCAUCAAUGGCCAGGGAUCGGUUUGGUGGGAUUGGUUUAGCUCCCAAUCUCUGAACUACAGCCGUCCGCAUCUUGUGGAAUUCGUUAUGUCUAAAUACGUGGUGGUUUCGAACCUCACAUUUAUAAAUGCUCCCGCUUACAACAUCCAUCCAGUCUACUGCAGUAAUGUACAUGUUCUCAACAUAUCUGUAUCUGCUCCUCCGGACUCCCCUCAUACUGUCGGAAUAGUCCCAGAUUCUUCUGAUACUGUGUGCAUAGAAGAUUGCACCAUUGGCAUGGGGUAUGAUGCCAUUGCCCUCAAGAGUGGUUGGGAUGAGUACGGUAUUGCCUAUGGAAGACCGACCACAAAUGUACACAUCCGGCAUGUCACCUUACAAUCAGCUACUGGUUCUUCUCUUGCCUUUGGUAGUGAGAUGUCCGGUGGCAUUUCUAACGUACUUGUUGAGCAGGUCCGCCUCCACAACUCCUUUAGCGGCAUUCAGUUCCGAACAACAAAGGGUAGAGGCGGUUACAUCACAGACAUCAUCAUAUCAGAUGUAGAAGUAGAAAACAUCUACAUGGCAUUUGGUGCCUCUGGCCAGUUUGGUUCUCAUCCUGAUGACAAAUAUGAUCCUAACGCUCUCCCUGUUUUGGAUCACAUCACAUUGCAAGACGUUGUUGGCACAAACAUCACCAUUGCCGGACGCUUCACUGGCAUCGAAGAAUCACCAUUCACUUCUUUCUUUCUAUCCAACAUCUCCUUAUCAUUAAAUUCUGCUUCUCCCACUACUUGGGAUUGUUCGUAUGUUUCCGGCUCUUCUGAGUCUGUCUUUCCAGAACCAUGUUCCGACCUCAAUACCUCGUAUUCAAAUCCUUCCUCCGCCCACAUUUCGCUGCUCACCGUGAAUGGAAAAGCCGCGGUCUUAUGAUACCAAUUCCGCCGAACUCCGGUUAUAAUUUUCAGCCAAAAUCUACAAUGAGGGAAAGAACCAAAGAUUUUCUACCAUUGCCAUUCAAAAUUAGACCACAUUCUUUUAAAUAAGACACAUGUUCAGAUUACUUGUUUCAUCUUCUUUUUCAUCCUGUAGAUUUGCAGUCUCGCAUGUUCUUUUAUAUUCUGCAGAUUAUUUGUACAGCUUCAUUUCUUCAUUCAUGUGUAAGCAAAUUUUUGGUAGUGAUGAUGCAAGGGAACUCGGCUUUUUGUUAGUA